AUGGCGGCGUCCAGCGAGACAACGUUGAAAAAACCACACGUGGGGAAAAAGAGAAAGGUAAAGUUGUGAAGUUAUCAUAACACGUUUACAAAUAGAUUACGUAUACCCGAUCAGCUAAUGUAGCUAUAUUCUACUCGGUCCUACUUUUUUUGAGCCUACAACGGUGAUUAAAGGAUACACACUGAUUGUAGCCCUGAUCUAGCCAAUUUUCUCAACGCUUUCAGUAACGUUACACUGCGAACGAUUCAGUGACUGCAACAUUUUCUCAAAACUCGAUGCUUGCUAGCCAGUUUGUUGAUACGUUUUCAGUUUUCAUUUGUUUGGGAUAGAGUAUACUACUGAACUCCCGCUACUUUUAGCUAGCUACACUGUCUUCUUGAGGGCUAACGUUAGUAACGUAAGCGUCGAUGCCGUGUCUGUCUAGCUACCACUGAAACUGUUGAAAAGGCAUCUGAAAAAGUUAAUUCACUGUAACAUGUAACUUUUUUUUGUAAUAUGUAUAAUGGGCAGCAUGCAAAAAUCCAGCCUGCUCCAAUUAAUGUGUUGUUAUUUGACUUGAUGAUUGAUAUCUCUGUUCUGCAAUCAGCCUCCAAAGAGAUACUGGGAGGGCACAGAGGAAGACGGGAAGAAUGAUGGAAAGAAACAGAAAGAAGGGGACAACAACAAACAGACUCCGCAACAGAAGAAGACCAGGACAAAGGAAGGAGGAAAGAGAGGUGGAACAGGAGAAAAGAAGGUCAUAUCAGGGGUAAGUGGCCAGUCAAUCUGCAGCACUUUAGAUUCUAGAUUUUUUUUCUCACCCUAUCCUUUUAAGAAUGCAUUUUUCGUUAAUGUUUAAUUAAAUCCCACAGAAAUCAGAUCCAUUCCCAGGCUCAGCACCUGUCCCUGAAGAGAAGUUGAGAAAGUUCAAGAGAGGAGACAAGGGAGAACUGGUGAGACAUGUUUGAAUACACAUUCACCAAGACAGUCUGCCUGAAUAAUGUCAAUUACGUAACUGUCAAAAUAUACCAUUGUUUUGUACAUGUACUGUAGCUUUAGUAAGUUGUAAGGUUUUCUCCCAUCCCUCUCUCCCCAGCCCCCUCGGCCACAGUACAAGCUCAGAGCUGUGGUCGUUCGUUCAGAGGCUGCCUCAGACCUGGCCCAGAAGCAGAAUGCACGAUAUGACCUUAUGCUCCCAGAGGAUGCUGGGUAAUGUCAAUACAUUUGUAGGGCCAAGUUUAGUAGGAUAAAUCUCUGUCCCCCCCCCCCCCCCCAUUGUCUCUGUGUUAACAUUGAUAAAUGCACUGUUGGUUAAGGGCUGUAAGUAAGCAUUUCACUGUAAUGUCUGCACCUGUUGUAUUCGGCGCAUGUGACCAAUAAAAUUUGAUUUGAUUUGAUUUGAACUGUCUGUUUCUCUCUGGUCUUAGGUUCCUGGAGGGAGACGAGGAUGAGGACACAUGCACCAUCUCACAGGAUGACAUCGCUGAUGCUGUGGAUAUUACCGCCGGGGCAAAGGUGAGUCACUGAAGGGACAAUUGCUAGGUUUCCAUCCAAUUGGCGUCAGAUUUUCAUGCAAAUAUGCACAUUUUCCCACCUGUGCUGUUUCCACUAAACUGACUUGUGGAUCAAAAUCAGUGUGUGAUGACGUAGUGCACACAAAAUGUACUUUUUGGCUUAUGUUUUCAUGUACUGAAUAAAAGUCUACAUUUCAAUGUGUUUCCAUCGCAUUUUCAACUCUACUAAUAGUUUUGUCACAAAAAUUUGCGUUAAAUAGCAAAUGUGCUUAUCUGGUCUUGGCACAUGCGCUCUAGCCAACAGCUCGGAGAUACGGUGUGGGUAGGCUAGUCUACAUGUUGAGAUUAUUAUGGAUAUAACAGCGAGAAUAUUCUUAUUUGUGAAACUGCAGUCAAGCAUUGAUCAUCAUGUCACCAGAAUAUGACCCUUGAUAUUUAUUGGAAAGCAGCAUCAAGCUCAUCACCAUGCACUUUCAUCACCCUGUGAAGUUCAUCAUAAUUUAUUUCAUCUGUAGCCUAUUAAACUGCAUGGUUUCCCGAGUCGUAGUGGGAGGACCACACACCAGUUUACUUCGAUAUGAUGGCUAUUAUAUAAAUAUUUGCACAUAAAGCUGUUUUCAACACCAUUUCUCACAUAAUGAAUUUUACAGACGCAAAAACAUCCCACCUUGUCAAACAAACAAAUUAUCUUUCUGCAUUUUAAAAAUUGUACCAUCACAGCUGUCGUGAUUUUUUUCUUAUACGUUAUGACUUUACUCGCUUAUGUGAUUUGUGUGUCAGGUAGGGUACUGUGACAGCAUAUCCAUGCAAAUGGACCAAUAAAUCAAGUAUUAUUGUUUAACUCUGUCACACUCUCUCCCUUUACAGUACUUUAACCUGACCCUGUCUCAGUUUGGGCCUUACCGACUGGAUUACAGCAAGACUGGGCGGUCAGUUUCAUGUUCUGUUUGUGUUGAGUGUGUUCUGUGCAAGCAGGCCAGAUAUUUUGUUUGUGCUUUUAUUGUUAGACCUGGAUUUGCUGGGUAAAUUCAUUGUGAUUGUGUGUUUUGGUCCUGAGAAGAAGUCUGAUGUUUUGAAUGUGUGUGUUCCCUCUAUUCCAGCCACCUACUGCUUGGUGGCAGGAGAGGUCAUGUGACCAGCCUGGACUGGCAGUCCAAACAGCUGAUGUGUGAGAUGAAUGUGAUGGAGACAGUCAACGACGUAAAGUGAGUACACACACACUCAUUUACAUUCACUUUUAGGCAUAAUUUCCUCUCCUCCCAUUGAAUCAUCCUAAUCUGUACUGUUCUGUGUCCACUAGGUGGCUCCACAGUGAGGCCUUGUUUGCAGUGGCUCAGAAGAAGUGGCUGUAUAUCUAUGACAACAAGGGCAUCGAGCUCCACUGCAUCCGCAAGUUCAACGAUGUUCUCCGCAUGCAGUUUCUCCCCUACCACUUCCUGCUGGCUACAGCGGUGUGUGAACUUAUACUAACGUUGUAAUAUGUGUGUUUGUGUUAGAUAUGUCAGGGGAAUCAAUUGUGUAUUGAGUGCAAUGUGAAUUAAGACGUAGGCAAGCUCUGGGGGUUACACAAGUCUUCAGGUCUCAGGUUAAUUGUCUCAGGUUACUCAACACAACAGGCGAGUGUAGUCCAGUGAACCACCACCAAGACUCACCUGUGAACUCAUCCUGUUCCCCUCUACCCCCCUCCUCCUCCAGAGUGCGACAGGCUUCCUGCAGUACCUGGACGUGUCGGUGGGUAAGGAGGUGGCGGCCAUCUGCACCAAGGCUGGCCGGCUGGACGUGAUGGCCCAUAACCCCCACAACGCCAUCAUCCACCUAGGCCACUCCAACGGUACUGUCACUCUCUGGACGCCAAACCAGAGAGAGCCGCUCGUCAAGAUGCUCUGCCACCAGGGAGGCGUGCGUUCGGUCGCCGUUGACAAGACUGGCACGUGAGUCCCAGUCAAAAACAUUAUAUAGUUCUGGUUUUGUUAUGAGUGGUUUUGGUCUCUCAGCCAUUGAAAGGUGGUUAUGUUAUGCAAUGUAGCUGUUGUAUUCAAUAUGAUAUCCACAUUUGGGUCAGUGUUUUGUGACUGGUCUUUGCUGGUGUACUUCCCUAAAAUGUCCAGCAGAGGGCUCUCCUGUAACACUCUUCUGUCUGCAGGUACAUGGUGACCUCGGGCAUGGACAAGAAGCUGAAGGUGUAUGACAUUAGAUCAUACCGGCCCCUGCAGUCCUACUUCCUACCUGCGGGAGCUUCCUGUCUGUCUCUAAGUCAGAGGGGCCUGCUGUCCGCCGCCACGGGAGACAUAGUCCAGGUCAUACAUCCUGCUUAUAAUUUUGCUUAUGUUUUUGUGCCAUGCCUUUUGGUCUUCAAGAUUAACUUGACAAUGUUUCCUGACUCUGCUAUUCCAUAGUUCCAUUCCACUAAGCCAUGGUAACGCCUCAGAACUAUAUUGAACUAUCUGGUCCACUGAAUCUAGAACCAAGCAUACUAAUGGCAUUGACAGAACUGGAACCGGAACCCAAAUACUCAUUAAGAGUGAGAGAAUGGAUUGCUCUGGGGCAGCAACAUGGCGCCCAGCUACAACGCUGUCCAAACUCUCUGUACAUUUCCUGACCCCGUAAUUUUUUAAAACUCAAUAUUCAUUAAAGGAAAAAUCCACCCAAAACCACUCAUUACUUUAUGGUGUUAAAUAACACUAAUAUGUGAACAAUAUUUUUUUGUGAACAAAUGUAUCGUUUUGGCAUUAUAAUAAGGUUGUUAGCAACAUACAUUUUAGUCAUUUUAGCAGACGCUCUUAUCCAGAGCGACUUACAGUUAGUGAGUGCAUACAUUUUUUUUUUUUCAUACUGGUCCCCCGUGGGAAACGAACCCACAACCCUGGCGUUGCAAACGCCAUGCUCUACCAACUGAGCUACACGGGACUGAACAUGGAAAAUCAUUGUGGAAAUCUGCAGCUCAAUUUGACUACAAAAUCCACAAUGAAAUGCACUCUAUGGGCUGGCUAGCUAGAAAACAUAGCUACACACAAAAUACCAAAGACAAUCAGCAUCAGCAUGUAACGUAGCUAGUUAUCAAGGAGUGAAUAGGAGUCUAAUGGGCGCUAGCUCAAAAACCCAACAAUAGCACGAAUUCUGUCAACACGAAGUACAACAUUACACAUAUUUUCAGAGGUUUGAGAUAAUGAACUUGCUAUCUGUAGUAUCGUAUAACUUUGGAAUCGUGACAUUACGUACUUGUGAGAAAAAUCGGAAUGUUUCUCGACAUAUACACUGACUUUGAGAAGGGAUUGCGUGACGAUUAACUUGGCAACCGCGUGACGCAGCAUGACAACGUGAACGCGAUUGGUCGACAGUCUGAUGGGUGGGUAGUUAUACGUUCCAACAUUCAUUGGAUUCGUAUCUCCUUUCUAUAAUAUUUCUGGCAACUGCACCAUGGACUAGAGGCAGACAAAUAGGAAACGUGUGCUAGACCCUCCGUUAAAUAAAAAUGUCUCGAGGUAGAAAUAUCGCAAAAAUAUGAUUAAUGGCUCAUUCGAGAGAAGACAUCCUCCCGAGCUAUGAUAUCGGCCAGUAUUGAAAUCUCACAUGUAUGAUAGACGUUUUCCCGAUCUAAAAGUAUAAUUCCUACUUCCAGUGUAGUGAGAGUGACUUUAUCACAGCGCUACAUCAUACCGGUCGGAUUUCUGCCUGCUUGAACGCCAAUAACUCAGAUUAACAUGAAAUUACCCAAGGAAUUGAUAGAACAUCACUGAGAUGCACAAAAACAAUAUAACUUUCCAAAUGGUUAUAUAAUGACUGAGUCUGUGUUUCUCUGUUGAUUAUCUCUGUGGUCACGGUGUCUGCUUGUCUGUGUGUAGGUGUACAGAGAUGUGUGGGGCACCCCAGUGACCAAGCCCUACAUGGCCCACAGGGCAAAGGGCUCAGUGUGGGGGGUGCACUUCUGCCCCUUUGAGGACGUCCUAGGGGUAGGCCAUGGAGAGGGCUUCACUAGCAUGGUCGUACCAGGUCAGAAUGAUAUUCUGAUUCAAAUUCAAUCCAUAUUCUCCUUCCUGUGUGGUGUGUCCAAUUGAUCUAAAUUCUGAAUGACCCCAACCCUGGUGUACAGUCUCUAACUCUAUGCUCUCCCUCCGCCAUUAGGUGCUGGCGAGCCCAACUUUGACGGUCUGGAUGCCAACCCGUACCGCAGUGCCAAGCAGAGGCAGGAGUGGGAGGUCAAAGCCCUGCUAGAGAAGAUCCAGCCAGAGCUGAUUGGCCUGGACCCCAGCCAGCUCAGCCAGGUGGACCACUCCACCUGGGAACAGAGACAUGAGGACAGGGUCCAAGCACUGGUCAGUACCACCAAGGGAUGGAAGCAGUUUAUCAGAGGGAUUUUGCAUUUUGAGAAUGAAUCAUGCAUUGAUGUGGUGAGACUGAAUGUUGUGUGUGUAUGGUUUGAUUUCAGGGCUUCGACCCGCUGGCCAAGGAGAAGUUCACGCCAAGGUUAAAGACCAAAGGUCGGAGUUCAAGUGGAAAAGUGGAAAAGCGCAAGAAGCAAGUGGCACACGAGGACCAGAGGGUACGUUCUAUUACUACUGAGAUGAUAUGGAAUUAUGUCUUAAUUAUUUAAUCUUUGGAUAUUUUACUAAUUAUGUGCAUCUCCUUUGGUCUUCUUUCUGCUUCCUACCCGCUCUUGGUGGCUUUCCUCCACUCAGGAUGUGAUCAGGCAAACAGUGGAAGACAGGAUGAAGAUAGAUAAAGAGAGGAAGGAGAAAAAGAAGAAAGAGGCGGCAGCAGCUGGUCAGAAGUCUGCUCUGGACAGAUUCAGGAAGUAGGACAGAGGGACCAGUGUGUGUGUAGGCGGCCCUCUGUGGGAAUCAACGUUGACCUUUCAGAUAAAGGGCACAUUCUGAGUAUGGGACACGUUCCUCCGAAGCCCAGCCAGCAGGCUCCAACAGCCACUGCAGACACACAGAACAUGCAUACCAAACUGUAUGAGAUGACUUGGAACUGCAUCAUAAUCGGUGCCCUGAGCUCAUUCUGUGUGACAUUUAUAAACUGUCAGUGUAUUUCAAAUCAAAUUUUAUUGGUCAC